AUGCGCCUCCUCCCCCUGCUCGCCCUCCUCCCCGCCGUCCUCGCCCUCGACCCCCGCAUCGAGCGCCUCCGCGGGACCAAGUUCCUGCUCACCGACGACGCACCCGCCCCGCACAGGCGCGCCGACCCCGCCAAGUUCUACACCCCCAAGUUCGCCAACCCGAAGGCGGACGCGUUCCACGUCAACUCGUCCGCGCUGCCGCUCGUCACCUUUGAGCUCCAGGACUCCUGGGCGGGGCGCCUUCCCAUUUCCAACAACUCUAAUGAGUCUAGGGAGCUGUUCUUCUGGUACUGGCCCUCGUCCCAGCCCAGCGAGUCCGAGUUCUUGACCAUCUGGCUCAACGGAGGUCCCGGGUGCAGCUCGCUCGAGGGUUUCCUCGAGGAGAACGGCCCUGUCUCCUUCCAGCCCGGCACUUCUGCGCCCGUGCAGAACCCAUACGCGUGGACGACCGUCUCCGACGUCGUCUGGAUCGAGCAGCCCGUCGGAACCGGAUUCACCAAGGGCACGCCGAACAUCCACAACGAGAACGAACUGGCCGACCAGUUCUACGGCUUCCUCCAACAAUUCUUCUCCGUCUUCCCCGAGCUCAAGUCCAAGAAGCUGUUCAUCACCGGCGAGAGCUACGCGGGCUUCUACAUCCCGUACAUCGCCACGCGCAUCGUCGAUGCGAGCUCCGCCGAGAAGGCGGCGCUGCCGCUCUCCCUCCAGGGACUGCUCAUCAAUGAUGGUGUUUACAGCAGCUUCAUUACCUCGGAGCAAGUCCCUGUGGCGAAUUUCUCCGCUGCCAAGCAGAGCACGCUCGGCUUCUCCGACGCACAGGUCAAGUCUUUCCAGAGCAAGGCCGUGUCCUGCGGCUACCAGAAGAUCAUCGACCAGCUGACGUACCCGCCCAAGGGCAAGAUCGACCUCCCGAACGGGAACAAGGACACCGUCUCGCGGAGCUGCGACCUGUUCGACCAGUUCUACAGCGCAGCGGAGAAUGCGAACAGCUGCUUCGAUAUCUACCGCGUCACGGACAAGUGCCCGACGCCGAGCGAUCCCAUCGAGGACUACUUCUCGCGCUCUGAUGUGCAGACGCUGCUGCAUGUCCCUGGCUUUGGCCAGUGGAGCGAGUGCUCGAACGUGGACGUGUUCGUCAACGGCAACGACAACUCGGCCUACACCGAGGCCCUCUUCCCGCACCUGCUGUCCACCCUCCCGCGGGGGAUCACCCUCUGGCACGGGCUCGACGACGCGAUCCUGUUCAGCCUCGGCGACAGGAUCACGAUCCAGAACCUGACCUGGAACGGCGCACAGGGGUUCCAGGCGCCGCCGACCACCCCGCUCUUGCUGGGUAACACGCAGAAGGGGGUAUACCACUCCGAGAGGUGA